AUGGACUUAGGAACAGCCAUGUGUGUUGCUCAAACCUUGUUUGCAGCGCUUGAAUGUUCUGAUCUCAAAGACAUAUGUUCCGUUGCUGGUUACAAGUCACAACUAGAUCAGCUCCGUGGAACUGUCUCCAGAAUCAAAGCUGUGCUUCGGGAUGCGGAGGCCAAGCAAGAGCUGUCUGAACAAGAACAACUCUAUGUCGAGAAUCUCAAGGAUGCUGUUUAUGAAGCAGAUGAUCUGUUUGACGAGUUUGUCACUCUUGCUCAACAAAAGAAGCUCACCAAGGGUAUCAAGGUGCGUCUGUUCUCUGUAUUUAGCAAGUUUGGGGUUGCUUACAACAUGGCUCAAGGGGUUAAGAAAAUCAAGAGAAAGUUGGAUGCUAUUGCUUAUAAUAGUCAGUUUAGCUUUAACUUUGACCCUAAGCCGAUCAAGAGUAGAAGGCCAGAGACUUGUUCCUAUGUGUAUGCAGAUGAUAUAAUUGGAAGAGAGGUUGAUUUGGAGAUGAUUGUUGAUGAAAGGGUCAAAAGUGCAUUUCCAUUGAAGUUGUGGACAUGUGUUUCUGACCAAGAUCAAAAACAGCUGGACAAGAAAGAAAUCCUUGGUAAGAUUCUCGAAUCAGCUACUGAUGUCAAACAUCAUGAUUCCUCGAUGAAUUUGGUGCAAAGCCAACUUCAGAAUCAACUGGCAGGAAGAAAAUACUUGAUUAUUUUGGAUGAUGUGUGGACUGAGAAUCGUGAGCAAUGGCGCGGUCUGGUAGAGUACUUGAUGGGAGGUCAAAGUGAAAGUUGGGUUGUGGUGACUACACGUUCACAAGAGACGGGGAGAAUUAUUGGAGAUGGUCCAACUUACGAGCUCAAAGGAUUGUCAACGAAGGAUUCUUGGCGUUUGUUUGAAAAAACAGCAUUUGGAUCACAACUAUCAAGAGCUCUUCCAUAUGACUUGGCUAAAAUUGGCCAAGAGAUUCUUGAUCAUUGUGAUAACAUCCCUCUUGCCAUAAGAGUGGUGGGAAGUCUUCUCUAUGGUCAAGAUAAACGUAAGUGGCUAAUGUUCCAGGAAUUUGGAUUAGCAAAGAUCAAAGAAUCCAAUAAUGGCAUCAUGCCUAUACUGAAGCUCAGUUAUUAUCACCUAGAAUCCCCAUUGAAGAGUUGUUUCAGUUACUGUGAAAUGUUCCCUAAGGAUUUUGGGAUAGAGAAAGAGAUGUUGAUUAGCCUUUGGAUUGCUCAAGGUUACAUUGUACCAGACGAUUGUCAAAGCAUGGAAGAUAUUGGUGAGGAAUACUUUUCGAUUUUGUUGCGGAGAUGUUUCUUCCAAAACGUGUGGAGAGAUAAAUCUGGUGAUAUAAAACGGUUUAUGAUACAUGAUCUGAUGCACGAUGUUGCUCUAGAAGUAGCAGGAAAGGAGAUUUGCUCAACAAAUAUCAUCACCAGCAAUACUGUGGAUAAAAAAGUUCGACACACCUCUGUUAUAAAAAGCGAAUUUGCAAGGCACUCUUUCAACAAGACCUAUAUACGUUCAUGCCUUGUUUUUGGUAGUUGGAUACCGGCUGACAAGAUGGACCAACAUUUUGCUGAUGCAUUACUAGCUAAUUGGAAGCACUUAAGGGCAUUGGACUUGAGUUGGUCACAUAAAAGUCUGCCAGACUUGAUAGGUGACCUGCUGCAUUUAAGGGGAAUGGAUAAGUUUACUGCCCUUCACACACUCACUAAUUUUGUAGUAAAUGAUGAAUUGAGUUCAAGUUGGAAGCAAGAACUAAAAGAUCUAACGAAAUUGAAAAAUCGUCUUCAAAUCAACAUCUUCUCUAACAAGAUUACAAAUGUUAAGGAAUAUGGUUCAAGGGAGGGAGGAUCCCUGAGUACAAAGGAACAUCUAAAUUGUGUAGAGUUUGAGUUUUGUGAAGAGGAGGGUGAUAGAAAAGGGCAUAGCGAUGAAGCAUUAGUGGAAGAGCUGCAGCCACAUUGUAAUAUCAAGGAACUUGGGAUGAAGGGAUACCGUGGUAUAAGAAUGCCGGGAUGGGCAAGGGGAGAUAAUCUGGCAACGUAUUACCCAAAUCUUGUUGCAAUAGAGAUUGAUAAAUGUCCGAAAUUGCAGUACUUGACAUGCUUAGGAAACCUGUUGCAUCUGAAAAACCUGGAUCUUAAAAAGUUGCUGAGUUUGGAGUACAUUGGAAACGGUCAAACAGAGAAUAGCAUAAGACAUACGAGAGCUGCUUCUACACAAGCUCAAGGGUCGUCUUUCUUUCCAUCUCUUGAAGGACUUUUCUUAUGGGAACUGCCAAAGUUGAAAGGAUGGUGUGUUGAAGAUAAUGAUCAGCUCGAUAUCAGCAGCAGUAGCAGUAGCAUGCCACAGUUUCUGUUUUCUCAAUUGAAAUCAAUGGUCAUAUUCGAUUGCCAGGAACUCACAGCCAUAUUGCAGUGCCCCGUAGUGGAAUACUUGUCUGUAUCGAAUUCCAAUAAAAGAUUGCAAAUUAUUGAAAGGGUGAUAAAUGAUACGGAAACAGGGGAUGAGAAUGGGGAAUCAAGUAGUAUUUUCUCAUUUAACUUUCCUAAAUUAAGGCAUCUGGGGUUAGACAUGGUGACACGGCUACCUUCAUUGCCCAAAAAGUCUUUUCACAGUGUUAAAAUUCUGGAGAUAGACAGUGACAAGGAAAUAGAGAGUCUGGAUGAAGUAGGAGAGUUAUUUCGUAACUGCUUGUCUUCGUUGCAAGAAUUGAAAAUUGGUAAAUGCCCGAAAUUAAAGAGUGUGUGUGGAGGAUUGGUGCAUCUGACUGCCUUGGAGUCGUUAAAGAUCGACGAUAGCCCUGAUUUGAGCCUAUCAGAAGAGGGAAAGAUUGUCAGUGUGGUGACAUGGCGAUCCCUCCAACAUUCCCUCCGACAUUUGGAAUUGGUUAAUCUCCCGGUGCUGGUGGUUCUACCUAGUUGGAUACAGUACUUGACCGCCCUCCAAACCCUUGAAAUUAAACUUUGUUACAGACUAGAAUCAUUUCCGGAUUGGAUGCCCAAACUUACCUCGCUCACUCGGCUUUCUGUUGAGUACUGUUCAGCACAACUCAAACAAAGAUGCCAACGUUCAACAGGGAUGGACUGGCCACACAUUCAACACAUCCCUUCCAUCGAAAUCUCCUUGUAA